AUGGCCAGCAACGACGAGGCCUCGGCCUCGGCCUCGGCCUCGGCACCCGCUCCCGCCGAUCCGAAGGGCAAGAAGGACUUCUCCACGGCGAUCCUCGAGAGGAAGAAGUCGCCCAACCGCCUCGUGGUCGACGAGGCCACCAAUGACGACAACUCCGUCGUCGCGCUGCACCCGGACACCAUGGACAAGCUGCAGCUCUUCCGCGGGGACACCGUCCUACUCAAGGGUAAGAAGAGGAAAGACACUAUCUGCAUUGUCCUUGCGGAUGACACCUGUGAGGAGGCUAAAGUCAGGAUGAACAAGGUCGUUAGGAAGAACCUCAGGGUGCGACUCGGCGAUGUUGUCUCUGUCCAUCAAUGCCAGGACGUGAAAUAUGGCAAGCGUAUCCACACUCUUCCAAUUGAUGAUACAGUUGAAGGCAUUACUGGCAACCUAUUUGAUGCCUUCUUGAAACCAUACUUCUUGGAAGCAUACCGCCCUGUCAGAAAAGGAGAUCUUUUCCUUGUCAGGGGUGGAAUGAGAAGUGUGGAGUUCAAAGUCAUAGAGACCGAUCCUGCUGAAUAUUGCAUUGUCGCACCGGAUACAGAAAUAUUCUGUGAUGGAGAGCCUAUUAAGAGGGAGGACGAGGAGAGGCUUGAUGAGGUUGGUUAUGACGAUGUUGGUGGGGUUCGGAGGCAGAUGGCUCAAAUCAGAGAGCUUGUUGAACUUCCACUGCGUCAUCCUCAGCUUUUCAAGUCUAUUGGCGUGAAGCCACCUAAGGGUAUACUGCUAUUUGGACCGCCUGGUUCUGGGAAGACCCUCAUUGCCCGUGCUGUUGCAAAUGAGACAGGUGCAUUCUUCUUUCUGAUCAAUGGUCCAGAGAUUAUGUCAAAGCUAGCUGGAGAGAGUGAGAGCAAUCUCAGGAAGGCAUUUGAAGAAGCAGAGAAGAAUGCUCCUGCUAUAAUUUUCAUUGAUGAGAUUGAUUCUAUUGCUCCAAAGAGAGAGAAGACCCAUGGAGAAGUGGAACGCCGUAUUGUUUCUCAGCUCUUGACUCUUAUGGAUGGACUCAAGGCUCGCGCACAUGUUAUUGUUAUGGGUGCUACUAAUCGUCCCAACAGUAUAGACCCUGCUCUCCGUAGGUUUGGAAGGUUCGACCGGGAAAUCGACAUUGGAGUUCCUGAUGAAGUUGGUCGGCUUGAGGUUCUCCGCAUUCACACAAAGAACAUGAAACUAGCAGAGAAUGUUGAGUUGGAACACAUUUCCAAAGACACCCAUGGAUAUGUUGGUGCGGACCUUGCUGCGCUUUGCACUGAAGCUGCUCUUCAGUGCAUUCGUGAGAAGAUGGAUAUCAUUGAUCUGGAGGAUGAGACCAUAGAUGCUGAGAUAUUGAACUCAAUGGCUGUUACGAAUGAUCAUUUCAAGACUGCUCUUGGGACCAGCAACCCAUCUGCUCUUCGUGAAACUGUUGUUGAAGUUCCAAAUGUGUCAUGGGAAGACAUUGGUGGACUGGAAAAUGUCAAGAGGGAACUGCAAGAGACUGUUCAAUAUCCAGUGGAGCAUCCAGAGAAGUUUGAGAAGUUCGGUAUGUCCCCAUCGAAAGGAGUUCUGUUCUAUGGACCCCCUGGUUGUGGUAAAACCUUGUUGGCCAAGGCAAUUGCCAACGAGUGCCAGGCUAACUUCAUCAGUGUCAAGGGACCGGAGUUGCUUACAAUGUGGUUUGGUGAGAGUGAAGCCAAUGUCCGUGAAAUUUUUGACAAGGCGCGCCAGUCUGCACCAUGUGUCCUCUUUUUUGAUGAGCUUGACUCAAUUGCUACACAGAGAGGAGGUAGCCAGGGCGAUGCUGGUGGUGCUGCCGAUAGAGUGCUGAAUCAGCUUCUGACAGAGAUGGAUGGCAUGAAUGCUAAGAAAACUGUCUUCAUCAUUGGAGCCACAAACAGGCCUGACAUCAUAGACUCAGCGUUGCUUAGGCCAGGACGUCUUGAUCAGUUGAUAUAUAUUCCACUUCCUGAUGAUGCCUCGAGGCUUCAAAUUUUCAAAGCUUGUCUAAGGAAGUCCCCCGUGGCGAAGGAUGUGGACCUGAAUGCUCUCGCCAAAUACACGCAAGGGUUCAGUGGUGCAGAUAUCACGGAAAUAUGCCAGCGUGCGUGCAAAUAUGCAAUCAGAGAGAACAUUGAGAAGGACAUUGAGAUGGAGAAGCGGAGGAAGGACAACCCUGAAGCAAUGGAGGAGGAUGGGGUGGACGAAGUAUCUGAGAUCAAGGCUGCCCACUUCGAGGAGUCAAUGAAGUAUGCACGGCGGAGUGUUAGCGAUGCAGACAUCCGCAAAUACCAGGCGUUUGCCCAGACGCUGCAGCAGUCCCGUGGGAUUGGCAGCGAGUUCCGCUUUGCUGAUCGAUCAUCAGAAGCUGCUGCUGGAGCUGCAGCUGAUCCCUUUGCGUCUGCUGCCGCAGCCGCUGAUGAGGAUGAUCUAUAUAGUUAGUCUCUUAGUUAGCUGUCUUUGUUGGC